GGGUAGUGAUCUUAUUUUCUUUGCAGAUGAGGAUGUGCGAGAGGAAUAAUGGAUGUCUACCAAAGGAACAGGAGGAAGUUUUGACGAUACUCAACUCGAUGCACAAGUAUCAGCCGAGGUUUCAUCUGGUCCGGGCGAACGACAUACUCAAGUUGCCAUAUUCGACGUUUAGGACGUACGUGUUUAAGGAGACCGAAUUUAUCGCGGUCACCGCAUAUCAAAAUGAAAAGAUCACCCAGCUCAAGAUCGACAAUAAUCCCUUCGCGAAAGGUUUCCGGGAUACCGGCGCGGGAAAACGGGAGAAGAAGCAAGCGAUGUUAGCAGCGAGGCACGGCUCGGAUUCCGACAAGAUCUCCCAUCCUUUACCUGCGCGAAUGUCGGCCGAUAGUAGCACCGUGUCAAAAACGGAAGAGUCAGAGCUCGACGUGGUGGGCACGUCGGAGAGUCCAAGACCUUCACUGCAUACGUCGAUGACGCCGGUUUCGGCGUCGAUGAACCAUUCAAGUCAAGAUGACGAUGUUAUACGAAGGCGUCUGCACGACGAUUCCGGUUCGGAGUCGAGCUGCUCGGAAUCGCCGGCGAGUACGGCGUUUCGGCCGAGGACGUCGUCGCCGAAGAACACGCCGGGGCCUUCGAACCCGUCGGGCGAGUAUCCAUCGCCGAACAUCAGCGUGGGUCCCCCCAUACAUCCGCCACCUCACUUGUUGCCUUACCUCUACCCACCCGGACUGUACCCGGGCGCGGGCGGCCCUCACUUCGGACCACCCCUGGGUCUCUUCGCGAGCGCUCACAGUCCAAGUAUGAACCCCAGCCUUCUGUUCAACGCACAGCUCGCGCUCGCCGCUCAGCAUCCCGCGCUAUUCUCCCACUACACCAACCUGGCGCACCCGGCGGCGACGAGCCACCACCUGUCGCCCACGUCACCGAUACACAACCACCUCAAGGGCGGUCACCGGUUCGCCCCGUACACGUUACCGAACUCCUCGGGCGGCGUGAACAGCUCGCCGCUCGGCAGCGCGUUCGAGACGGUAACGCCGAGCUCGCACACGAGAAGCCUGAGCAACUCGCCUUCGGGCAAACCUCGCCAGAGUUCGCUAUCGCCGCCCCUGAGACCGAACACCUCCUCGCCCAAAACGGACGUACCGAACUCGCCGAGCGACCUCAAAAGCAUAGAGAAGAUGGUGAACGGUCUCGACGUCAAACAAAGCGAGGACGCGGACAAAUAGUGAGUGAUUGUUGCCAUAACGUAAAAUGCUUGAGACACUGACGCGAAACGGCACCGUUAACCCUACGCCACUGGACGCCCGCGGUCAAAGGCUCGUGAUUUUCUUUUAAAACCCUUUUUUUCUGCUCCGUGGAAAAAAUCAUUUCUAAAUUUACUUCUAGUGAGGCUACAAAUCACUGCGGGCGCACGUAGCGUUAACCGUUGCAUGCGCGUGCGCUGUUGCAAUAUUUAGUUGUUAAUAAUGUAUAGCUCUAUGGUGCUCAAUAGUUUUAGUUGAUAUUCCAGACGAACAAUGCAUUCCUAUCUGCCAAACUGGCAGCACUGUUUUCUGCUGUAGUGAAUGUUCCUUUGUUAAACAAGUACUGUACAUACCGCCUCCAUACACACAAGAAAAACUUUAGGUACUAAGACUGUACAUAUAUAGCGCUUUAUUUCCUAUGUAAAUUGUAAAUAGGUAAUGUCGUCAUGUAAUUAGGGGGAAAAUCAAUAUAAUUUAUAUCUGCCAAAGAUCACCAGACGUUUCUGGAGCCACAAAAGCGAUCGAUGUAUAUAAGAAACAAAAAAAAAACUAAAGAAAUUGCAAUAUUUCUCAAGCUUCUGUUUCGUGCCGACAGAGGGAGGUAAUCAAAAUUAUUGUAACCUACACAGUUCAAUCGAUAACGCACUGUAUUUAUUAUUUUCUCGAUACUGGUACCUAAACUUGUAUUUAAGUAGAGAAUGUAAACGUGUCGUGUGUGUGUAAUGUAAAAUAAUUUUAUGAAUUAAACAUUGAUAAUA